AUGACUGAGGCACAGGUUCUCCAGUGUGGGGAAGACUUGAAGACAUUCUAUCGCGGACAAAUGUGCAAAAUCAAACCUAACCCGCUUGAUUUCAAUAUCAUCCUUGAAUUCGAGCAAAUUUACACAAACUUAACCCUGCUCAGGAGCGAAAAGGGAACAAGGAGAACCAAAAUGCCACUGGAUUACACUGAUCUUCUUACUACACAGAUUAAUGGGGAAAUUCCUAAGCGUCUUCUGGUUGAAGGUGAAGGGGGUGUAGGUAAAACGACCUUCUGUUCGAAGAUCGCAUGGGAUUGGGUCAAUGGAUCUCCAGAGUUUCAGAACUUCAGUUGGGUUCUGGUUAUACCCCUGCGCAAUGUUGUAAAGGGUCAGACAAUUGGUGAUAUUAUGUUAAACUAUCUCUCUGAUAGUAAUGCUGUAAGCCCUAGACAGAUCGAUAAUUACAUAUUGUCUCAACCUACAAAGGUUCUGAUUGUACUUGAUGGACUAGAUGAGUAUGAUGGGGACCUCUCUACCACAGCAAGCUCAGAUAUUUCUCAGAUUCUACGAUCGGAGAAAUUCAAGGAAUGCAUUGUUCUGGUGACAACAAGACCAUGGAGGGCGGAACAGAUCAAAUCCAACGAAGGAUUGAGUAGGUUGUAUGCAUUCAUUGCAGUAGAAGGAUUUAGUGCUGAUAAUGUCUCAAAAUACAUCAAGAGGUACUUCAUAAAUGAUGAAAAGGCGGGAUCAGAACUCAGUCGGUUUAUUGAAGUGAAUGAUGGAGGUGGGACUUGA